AUGUCCGACCCCCGGCCAUCUACCGCCAGCCGGACCAAGGGAGCGGUGGCCUGCCUGGCGGAGGCGCUGCUCUGGGUUGGAGGGAGUGUGGCGAUGUCUCCGGGGUGGCAGCUCGGCCCACUAGUGGAGCGAUGUAUGAGUGCCAUGCAGGAGGGGACACAGAUGGUCAAGCUCCGCGGCAGCUCCAAGGGCCUGGUCCGCUUCUACUACCUGGACGAGCCCCGGUCCUGCAUCCGCUGGCGGCCCUCGCGCAAGAACGAGAAGGCCAAGAUCUCCAUCGACUCCAUCCAGGAGGUGAGCGAGGGGCGGCAGUCAGAGAUCUUCCAGCGCUACCCCGACAGCAGCUUCGACCCCAACUGCUGCUUCAGCAUCUACCACGGCAGCCACCGCGAGUCCCUGGACCUGGUCUCCUCCAGUGGUGAUGAGGCACGUACCUGGGUUACGGGACUGCGCUACCUCCUGGCCGGCAUCAGCGACGAGGACAGCCUGGCCCGCCGCCAGCGCACCAGGGACCAAUAUCCUUGGUGGCUGAAGCAGACAUUUGACGAGGCCGACAAGAAUGGAGACGGCAGCCUGAGCAUCGGUGAGGUCCUGCAGCUGCUGCACAAGCUCAACGUGAACCUGCCCCGCCAGAGGGUAAAGCAGAUGUUCAAGGAAGCAGACACGGAUGACCAGCAGGGAAGCCUGGGCUUCGAGGAGUUCUGUGCCUUCUACAAGAUGAUGUCCACCCGCCGCGACCUCUACCUGCUCAUGCUCACCUACAGCAGCCACAAGGACCACCUGGAUGCUGCCGACCUGCAGCGCUUCCUGGAGGCAGAGCAGAAGAUGACGGGUGUAACCCUUGAGAACUGCCGGGACGUCAUCGAGCAGUUUGAGCCCUGCCCAGAGAACAAGAGUAAGGGGGUGCUGGGCAUUGACGGCUUCACCAACUACACAAAGAGCCCCGCUGGUGACAUCUUCAACCCCGAGCACCACGGCGUGCACCAGGACAUGACGCAACCGCUGAGCCACUACUUCAUCACCUCGUCCCACAACACCUACCUCGUGGGGGACCAGCUCAUGUCCCAGUCGCGGGCAGACAUGUAUGCCUGGGUCCUGCAGGCCGGCUGCCGCUGCGUGGAGGUGGACUGCUGGGAUGGGCCCGACGGGGAGCCCAUCGUGCACCAUGGCUACACUCUGACCUCCAAGAUCCUCUUCAAAGACGUCAUCGAAACGAUCAACAAAUAUGCCUUCAUCAAGAAUGAGUACCCAGUGAUCCUGUCCAUUGAGAACCACUGUAGUGUCAUCCAGCAGAAGAAGAUGGCCCAAUAUCUGACUGACAUCCUUGGGGACAAGCUGGACCUGUCAUCGGUGAGCAGUGAGGAUGCCACCAUGCUUCCUUCUCCCCAGAUGCUCAAGGGCAAGAUCCUGGUGAAGGGGAAGAAGCUCCCGGCCAGCAUCAGCGAGGAUGCGGAGGAGGGAGAGGUGUCCGACGAGGACAGCGCCGACGAGAUUGAUGACGACUGCAAGCUGCUCAAUGGGGAUGCCUCCACCAACCGGAAGCAUGUGGAAAGCAUCGCUAAGAGGAAGCUGGAUUCCCUCAUCAAGGAGUCCAAGAUUCGGGACUGUGAGGACCCCAAUGACUUCGCUGUCUCCACACUGCCCCCAUCAGGAAAGCUCGGGCACAAGAGCAAGGCUGAGGAGGACGUGCAGUCUGGGGAGGAUGCCGGAGCCAGCAGACGGAGCGGCCGCCUCCUCGCAAGCGGCUUGUCCAAGCGCAAGAAAAAGGGCAGCAAGCUAAAGAAGGUGGCCAGCGUGGAGGAGGCGGACGGGGACCUGGACUCCCCAGGAAGCCAAAGCCGAGGGACAACCCGGCAGAAGAAGACCAUGAAGCUGGCGCGAGCCCUCUCGGACCUGGUGAAAUACACCAAGUCCGUGGGCAUCCACGACGUGGAGACAGAAGUCGCGUCUAGCUGGCAGGUGUCGUCCUUCAGCGAGACCAAGGCCCAUCAGAUCCUGCAGCAGAAGCCAGCACAGUAUCUGCGCUUCAACCAGCGCCAGCUCUCCCGCGUGUACCCCUCUUCCUACCGCGUCGACUCCAGCAACUACAACCCACAGCCCUUCUGGAACGCCGGCUGCCAGAUGGUUGCCCUGAACUACCAGUCAGAGGGGCGGAUGCUGCAGCUGAACCGGGCCAAGUUUAGUGCCAACGGCGGCUGCGGCUACGUGCUCAAGCCUCCAUGCAUGUGCCAGGGCAUCUUCAACCCCAACUCCGAGGACCCCCUGCCGGGGCAGCUCAAGAAGCAGCUGGCACUCCGGAUCAUCAGUGGGCAGCAGCUCCCCAAGCCGCGAGACUCGAUGCUGGGGGACCGCGGGGAGAUCAUCGACCCCUUUGUGGAGGUGGAGGUCAUCGGGCUCCCGGUGGACUGCGACAAGGGCCAGACCCGUGUGGUGGAUGACAACGGAUUCAACCCCAUGUGGGAGGAGACCCUGGUGUUCACGGUGCACAUGCCUGAAAUCGCGCUGGUCCGCUUCCUUGUCUGGGACCAUGACCCCAUUGGGCGCGACUUCAUCGGCCAGAGGACAGUGGCCUUUAGCAGCAUGAUGCCAGGCUAUCGGCAUGUGUACCUGGAGGGGAUGGAAGAGGCCUCCAUCUUUGUGCACGUGGCUGUCAGUGACAUCAGCGGUAAGGUCAAACCAGCUCUGGGUCUAAAAGGCCUCUUCCUCCGAGGCCCAAAGCCCGGCUCUCUCGACAGUCAUGCUGCUGGGCAGCCCCUGCCCCGGCCCUCCGUUAGCCAGCGGCUCCUGCGGCGCACGGCCAGCGCCCCGACCAAGAGCCAGAAGCCGGGCCGCAAGGCCUUCCCAGAGCUGGUCCUAGGCACGCAGGACGUGGGCUCCGAGGGGGCAGCUGAUGACGUGGUGCCCCCCAGCCCUGCUCUGGAGGCCCUGGCCCGGGAGGGACCUGCUGGCAGCAGCCCCCGAGACACCCGCCCCUUCUCCAUGCAGCGGUCAAUCUCCCCUCUGUGCAGCCUGGAAACUAUUGCUGAGGAGCCAGCCCUGGGCCCCAGCCCCACGACACGGGCAGCCACCCCCACCAGCCCCUCCCGGGAAGGGCCCCAGAACCCCACAGGACCGGGAGCCACAGCGGCUAGCCUCUCAGGGAUGGCUCUGGGAACAUCCGUGCCCCUCCAGCUCAGGGCUGGGAGCCUCGGGAGCACCGAGGAGCCUCCAGAAAGCAGGCAGUGGCCCUGCCAUGGCGGGGGCCCUGGUGGGGCAUGCGAGAGGGCCCCUGGCAGCCACAUGAAUAGUAGGAGCCACCCCCGGGCCCUGGGCUCUCUGCCUGUGGUCAGAAGGGCCAAGAGUGAGGGGCAGGUGCCCUUAGAGCCCCUGGGUGGAUGGCGGCCCUUGGCCGGGCCCUCCCCUACCCCCACUGUGUACUCCGACGCCACGGGUUGUGACCGGCUUUGGCAGCGGCUGGAGUCGGGCAACCACCGCGACAGCGUGUCCUCAUCCUCCAGCAUGUCAUCCAGCGACACCGUCAUCGACCUCUCCCUGCCAAGCCUGGGCUUGGGCCGCAGCCGCGAGAGCCUUGCUGGGGUCCCUGUUGGACGCCUGCCCCCAAGGCCCUCCUUGGCCUCAGCUGCCCGCCUGGACCUGGCUCCUGUGACCAAGAGUAAAUCCAACCCCAACCUGCGGGCUGCGGGCCAGCUGCCUCCAGUGCCUGACGAGCUGCGCUCCCGGCCCCUGGCUCCACGGCUGCCCGGCCUCCGCCUGCAGCCACCCAGGGGCCGCCUCUCCUUGCUGGGCCUGCAGGACUGCCCUGUGGCCGCCAAAUCCAAGAGCCUGGGGGACCUGACUGCUGACGACUUUGCCCCCAGCUUUGCAGGCAACUCCCGCAGCCUGAGCCGCAGCCUGGGACCCCCAGGUGGGGUGCGGCGGGCGGUGGGGCCAGGAGCGCGGCCGGAUGCCCUGACGGAGCAGCUGCGCUGGCUCACGGGCUUCCAGCAGGCGGGGGACAUCACGUCGCCCACCAGCCUGGGCCCGGCCGGGGAGGGCGCAGUGGGGGGCCCGGGCUUCCUGAGACGCUCAUCCUCCCGCAGCCAGAGCCGCGUGCGUGCCAUCGCCAGCCGGGCCCGCCAGGCGCAGGAACGGCAGCAGCGGCAGCAGCGGCUGCAGGGCCUGGGCCAGCAGGGACCCCCGGAGGAGGAGAGGGGCACCCCUGAGGGUGCCUGCUCUGUGGGCCUCGAGGGCUGUGCGGAUGCGCUGGUGCUCCCCAAGGGAGCCCCUGCUCAGGUGUCUGGUGCCGCCGCCAGCCUGCUCCUGCUGAGGCUCUGACCUGCCCGAAGGCUGACUUUGGCCACCCUCCCCCGUGGCCCACUAGCCUGGGUGGCCUGGAGGGCCGGGGGUGUGCAGUGUUUGCUCAGGAACUGGAGCGGGCUGGGUCCCCCAAGCUGCGUCCUGUCACCCUCUGUGCACCACCCGUGUCCCCCUGGCCCUCCUCCUGUCCCUGCUCCCUGGGGAAGAAGUGGCGCCGGGGCCCCAGGACACAGCCUGGAGGCUGGCCCUGCCCAACGGCAUUUUCACAAUGUUUUAAGAUAUAUACAUAA